UGAAAGUGCUGAAUUGAAUAUUCAAGUGAUAAUUCCACCCAUUAGUCAUACAAUGCAAUUGAAAAUGCCAGAAGCUACAAGUCGUCUGGUCUAGCCUGCAAGGAAAUCUAAUUGAUUGGAUUUAAAACUGUUACUCUUUACUGCGCCUGAUGUUAAUGGCCGUGAUACUGUUGCUGGCCCUGGCACUUGUACUAGGCUGCUAUAGCGCAAUCCACAAGCACAAGAUCGGAGCGACCUAUCUUAAGCCGCUGCUGAAGAACACUCGGCUGGAGGACUGUUACCAUGCCACGCCUCUCGUGCCGGAAGAGCAGAAGCUUGGUCUUCGUCGUAGCAUCUGGGAUAUACCAGGUCCCCAGCGCAUACCCUUCCUCGGAACCAAGUGGAUAUUCUUUGUCUUCUUUCGACGAUACAAGAUGACUAAGCUGCACGAGGUCUACGCAGACCUCAAUAGGAGGUACGGGGACAUAGUACUGGAGGUGAUGCCCUCCAAUGUGCCUAUCGUACAUCUCUACAACCGCGAGGACCUGGAAAAGGUGCUCAAGUACCCCAGCAAGUAUCCUUUUCGGCCCCCCACGGAGAUUAUUGUUAUGUACCGGCAGUCUCGUCCGGAUCGAUAUGCCAGCGUGGGAAUCGUCAACGAGCAGGGUGCCAUGUGGCAGCUACUACGCACAUCGCUCACAUCCAGCAUCACUUCACCCCGGGUACUGCAAAACUUUCUGCCUGCCCUAAAUGCCGUCUGCGAUGACUUCAUCGACCUGCUGAGGGCCAGACGCGAUCCAGAGACCCUCGUCGUACCAAACUUUGAGGAGCUGGCCAAUCUAAUGGGUCUGGAGGCAGUAUGCACUCUGAUGCUGGGCCGUCGCAUGGGCUUCCUGGCCACCAAUGCCCAGCAGCCGCAAAAGAUAAGUCAGCUAGCGGCGGCCGUCAAGCAACUGUUCAUUUCACAGAGGGACUCCUACUACGGUCUGGGUCUGUGGAAGUACUUUCCGACGAAGACGUACCGGGACUUUGCUAGGGCCGAGGACUUGAUCUAUGAUGUCAUCUCCGAGAUCAUCGACAAUGAGCUGGAGGAGCACAAGAAGUCGGCUGCAUGCGAUGACGAAGGAGACGCUGGCCUGCGUAGUGUCUUUCUAAAUAUCCUGGACCUCAAGGAUCUGGACAUAAGGGACAAGAAGUCGGCUAUUAUUGACUUUAUAGCUGCAGGCAUUGAAACGCUAGCUAACACUUUGUUGUUUGUCCUGAGCUCGGUGACCGAAGAACCUUCGGCAAUGACCCGGAUCCUGAGCGAGUUCUGUGAGUAUCGGGAUACAAAUAUUUUGCAGGAUGCCCUCACAAACGCGACCUUUACGAAGGCCUGCAUACAGGAGUCGUACAGACUAAGACCCACCGCCUUUUGUCUGGCCCGUAUACUCGAGGAGGAUAUGGAGCUAUCGGGUUACUCCCUUAAUGCUGGGACAGUAGUUCUCUGCCAAAACAUGAUAGCAUGCCAAAAGGACAGCAACUUCCAAGAGGCAAAAAAGUUCUCCCCCAAGCGAUGGAUUGAUCCUGUAACGGAAAACUUCACCGUGAAUGUGGACAGUGCCAGCAUUGUGGUUCCUUUCGGGGUGGGCCGAAGAACCUGUCCGGGCAAACGCUUCGUGGAAAUGGAGGUGGUGCUGCUACUCGCAAAGCUGGUAGUGGCAUUUGAUGUGAGCUUUGUGAAGCCGCUGGAAACGGAGUUCGAGUUUCUUCUGGCCCCGAAAACGCCCCUAAGUCUGAAGCUCAGAGAUCGUGUUAUCUGAUCGUGGAUCAAAUGCAUGCAAAUUAAAUUAAGAACUGAACCAUUAAGUAAAACUAAUGAAAACUUUAAUAUAGAUCAGCCAGAAUCAGCAGCCUAGUCUUGUGAAGUAAUUAAAGAUAUGAGUAGAUAAGAAAUUGA